GUGGUUGAUGGUUGUCUGUUGUCUUCAGUUAUCGGUUCUCUUAUUGGUUUAUUAUUUUAUUCAGUAAUUUUGUUGACUGAGUCAUAUUAAAAUAAAUGUUUUGAAUAUCAAGUUACGAACGUUAAAAUAAACUAUUACAUUUGAUUAGUGAAGUGAACGUGAAAGUUUAUCAUAAUGGGUGACGCUUGUCAAGCUUGUCUAACAAGAAUUCCCCAUGCAACACUCAUCGCAACUAUUAUGUGUUGUCUGGGCGUGGGGGUGUUUUGCGGGACUAUGUACCGUGGAUCCGCUCUUUCGAUUCUUAUGUUCGAUGAAGUAUUUCAUUUUCGUCUCAUUUGGAUAGAAGCGUUGCAAAUGAUUUUCAUAGUUGGCAGUGCUUGCAUGGCUGCACUCGGGUUAAUGCUUCUAUGCCUGGGAUGCCUUACAACCGGUGCUACCAGACAAAAGGUUUACCGCGCUUGGAGAGCCCGCGUCGGAGGCAGAAUAUCCUGUGCAGUCUUUAUGAUAAUCACCUACAUUUUAACUUUCAUAUGGAUUGUAUUGCUAGGUUUUCUAGUAAUCACAACAUUCUUGUUCACUAUAUUUUGGAAAUUGUGUUCCAAACCCGAAAAUAUUGCGCUAACAACCUGCAUUGACUUCACUCAAUUUGACUUUAUGUUCCCAUCUUCUGUUAAACAAGAUCACAUGAAGAUAUGUGAAGCAUACAAAAUGAAGUUAUUUUGCAAAGAUUAUGUUGAGAAAGCAGAGUUUAUGUUUAUUCUCGCCAUGGUUUCAUGCAUUCUUGUUAUUUUAAGUUUGGUUCAUUAUCUGAUGUGCUUGUCGGCUAAUUACGCACAUAUCAGGGACCAUGAGAAAUUCCAGGAAUUGCAAGAACUGCAGUAUCUAACAAACCCGGACCUGCAUGCCUCAAAGGAUCGUUUCUAGUAUAUGGCCCGCGCACCGCUGCUGCGCUCCCUUGAAGCUUCCACUAAAAUGUGACAGUUUUAAUAAACUAAAUGUAAUUAGACAACUUUUUGUGUUCACUGAAAAUAAAAAAAAAAAGACUGAGCUAGAAAUGAUCAAGUGUUAGUCCACAAAUCAACAACAUUUUUUUACAUAUCUGAAUUUUAUGAAAAAUUGUUAUUUGUUUGUCCCAUUUUUUA